GUGGUUGUUAAAUGUCAAAGUAAAAGUUAUCACUGAUUCAUAUUUGUGACAUUCAUUAAACAUAUACAUAUAUAACACAAACCUAUGGAACCUUUAAUUCCCAGGAUGCCUGCAGCCACACCACCAGCCGAAAAUGGCGCGCCGCGCAGCGAGUUGGAACAACUCCAAUUACGAGCCGGCGAAGUUACUGAUGAGUCACUGGAAUCAACUCGGCGUAUGAUGCAACUAUGCGAGGAGAGCAAGGAGGCCGGCAUACGAACUCUGGUCGCUCUAGAUGACCAGGGAGAGCAAUUGGAUAGAAUUGAGGAGGGGAUGGAUCAGAUAAAUGCAGAUAUGCGUGAGGCCGAGAAGAAUCUGUCUGGAAUGGAGAAGUGCUGUGGUAUCUGCGUGUUGCCUUGUAACAAGGGAGCAUCUUUCAAGGAAGAUGACGGUACAUGGAAGGGCAACGAUGACGGUAAGGUAGUCAACAACCAGCCGCAACGGGUGAUGGACGAGCGCAAUGGCAUCGGACCGCAAGCUGGAUACAUUGGCAGGAUAACAAAUGACGCUCGCGAAGAUGAGAUGGAAGAGAACAUGGGGCAAGUGAACACUAUGAUCGGUAACUUGCGUAACAUGGCCAUUGAUAUGGGCUCUGAACUUGAGAACCAGAACAGGCAGAUCGACCGUAUCAACCGCAAGGGUGAUUCGAAUGAAACAAGAAUAAAGGUCGCCAACCAGCGCGCACACGAGCUCCUCAAGUAAACGGCGGCGGCGACACACAAACACACACACGUCUCGUGGUACAGUCGAUUGCAAAUUCUUAACAAAACGAAAAAGGACUUUAUUUUUUUUUAUUGGAAUUUUUUACAAUAAUUUUUUAAUUAUGUCAAUUUGAAGGUUAUAUUUUUAAGUUUAAGUGUUUGCAACCGAUUUAAAGAACCAGUAUUCUGCUUAGUGACAUUAUCCAAGUAAUCUUUAUCUGUAAUAAUAAGUAGACAUUUGAAGUUGUAUAGAAUAAUGUUAUUUAUUAAAGGAGGGAAGGAUCAAGACUUUUGCUUGAAGGAAUUAUUGUUAAAUGCAUAAAAAUCUAAUGCAAUAUAAUUGCUAAACCCCCUUUCUAUAUUAAAAUAAUUUACCUGCGCUCCGAUUAUUUGUUGAUACCCAUUUUUUUUAUAAAUCUAUAUGAAAAUGUUACUAUGACCAGUGUUAAAAAAACUUUUCUCUAAUAAUAUAGGAUUUUGUAGUCAACUUUAAGAAUAUCGUAAGGAUUGGCUAUUGUGAUAAUAUGAAGAUAAGUUGGAGUUAGGUUAAUAUAUUUCAUAGGAGCAUUUAUGUUCUAUGCAAAAUAUCCACCCGUAAUACCCACAAACGUACAACAUAUCUCAACACACCUGCUUCUAUGGAAUAUUUCUUAGAAAAUGCUUUGUAUGAAACAGCUUUUUAUUACAAAAAACUUUUCUUAGUUUUGUAUUCGAGAUUACAUUUAGAUAGGAUUUUGUUCAUACGAAACCUGAAGUGUUUUUGGAAAAAAAUCGGAAACAAAUAGCAACAAGGCAGUUCGGAACCAGCCCAUAACGGUGUUAGAAGAUCAGAUAUCCAAAACCGUCGUCAAUAUCUAUAAAGUGCAAAAGAGUUAUUUGACAAUAGAUUCCUCUCCAUACAUGGAAAAUCUUGGAAUACAAGUACUUAAUGCAGGCGUUAUAAGAAGGAUUCGUAUACGUAGCAAAAGCGUAUACAUACGCGUAUACGCGUACACGGAUUUCAUAAAUACUCUUGUCUUGAAAUUAGUUCCUUUAAAAAGUCUACAUUUCGGGUUUUUAACAAAUAUACUUUAAGUAAUCAACGCUAGUAUAGUUGUUAUAUGCUUCAUAAUAAAUUAAUUAGCUAGUUGAUAAUUUUUUUAUUCCUAUACGAUUUAGGCACAUAAAUACCUCGUAAUAUAUUUCAUCGCUAUAUAUAUAGUCGAGUAGUUUUCUCACCACGAGACAGACACACAUACACUAACACAUUUACGGACAACGAUACUGGUGAGAGUAACGAGACGCGUAUAGCAGUCGCGAACCAGCGAGCGAAUAAGCUACUCAAAUCUUAAACUGAUUACAACAUCGGUUGGCAGAAUGACGCUAAUCAGUUCUCAAAUGUUCUAUUAUUUCUGGUAUGACCAUUUUACAAUCAUAAUAUCGGAUUGUAACAAUGAAAAACCGAAUUACGGUUUUAUAACUUAUCGAUUAAACUUUGCUGUGACAUUUAGCUUCUAGAUUUUAUUCUUCCAUUUCUUAAUAUAGAUGUUAUUUUUUCUUGGACCAAGUUUUUCAGUACAAAUAGCCUCACAUAUCAGCUUUAGCGUCAUUUUGUGAACAGUACAGUAAAAGUAGUUGGAACGUGGAUACAAUAAAUAGAAGAAUUGAUAUAAUGUAUAGAGAUGUUAUAACUAUAGAUAUAACCCAGUUUCUGGCCGACUCCGACACGACAAACGCAUUAAAGGCAACCCCGAGACUUGAUACGACAUUACUUUUUGACAGGUGUGACCCACUAACGAAAAUUUGUAUAAAUACGGUCACGUGACUUAGCGUGAGCUAAUGUCAUUCCCAUAUAAAUUUGUUUAGCGUUAGUGGGCCACGACUGUCGGAUAGCGAUGUUGUCGCAAGCCCCUAUUCCAUAAAGAAAAAUAAAUCUAAAAUUCACUAUAACGUUGUUAUAUGCUUAUUGUAACGUAUCCUGUUAAAUUUUGUAGCUUUGUCCUCUGAUUUUGUACUUAUAACAAGUCCAGAUUGUAGUUCUAUAAUGCACAAAAUUUCUUUAAUGUGCCAAAAGUAUUUGAUUAUUUCAAGCGAUAAAUUCCUUUAAAUUUAUUAUAAGCUAGUCUUAUUUGCACUGCUAGGAUUUUAUAAAAUUUGGGCGUCAAAUGUAAUGGCCGAUGUGAAUCAAAAAUUAUAUUCAAUAGAUCAGUUUGAAAGUCGAAUAAUAAUUAAAUUAAGAAUGACAAAUUGUUCGAAAUUUAAAAUAACAUAAAUUCUAUAUUGAAAGCAACAACUUCAUAACGUUAGAUACUUCACAACGGUCAUAGGUUUUUGUGCUUGUCCAUUCUGUUAUAUGUAUAUAUAAUGUUAUUUAUGAUUUAAAAAUCGAAACUUUAUAAUAAUUGAUUAUAAGCAUUUCUGUAAUUAGUCAUUCGUUUUAGGUUAAGUGAUUUGUGCCUGAAUAAUAUUAAUUUUAGUUUACUAUCGUUUCUAGUUUCGCUAACAUAUAUUCCAAAAUUUCAAUUGUUAUUGUGGUCUACAAAGGGUUUUAUACAAAAGGACAUAUUUUUAAUUCUGUAUAAUGUUAAAGUGUAAAGCAUAUCUAGUUGUUACCUCUUCUUUGCGUUGGAAAUAAUAAUAAAAACACAAAUAUAGGUAAUGUUACUUUUUCGUUACUAAUAUAUAUAUAUUUAUAAGCCUACGGGACAGCCAUUAAAGACGGCGACUACAUUCCAUGGACACCUUUAGUGGGUGUGUUGCCGGCCUUUAAGGGAGGAGUAAGCUCUCUUUUUGUUUAAUAGCUCUAUUUAACGUAUUCAUUUCAUACGAACAUCAUAAAAUAUGUAGAGCGAGUUUCCAAUAACUUAUACUAAUAAAAAUAUGCUGAUCGGUUAAUACAGGGCUUCUAUAGUCCUAUAUAGGCACCAGACUCUCACAUAUCGUCAAUACCUGUACACUAUUACUUUUAUUAAAAGUCAAAUAAAUUAUUAUACAACCUAUAAAUUUUUAAAAUGUAUAAACCUCUUUGGUAGAUCACAAAUAGAUUAAUUAUCAAUGGAAUAGUCUAUUUGAUAGUUGAGCAUUUAAAAACGUUAUUACUUAAAGUAUAUAUAUACGUGUAAGUGACGAGUACCGGCCUUAGAGUAUA